GAUCAGAUGGGCAAGGAAUUUAGGAAUCAGCUAAUGAAAGUUCAGAAGCAAUUCCCUCAGAUAAUAAAGGAAGUUCGAGGAAAAGGUUUGCUUAAUGCCGUGGAGCUAAACAGCAAGGCUCUAUCCCCUAUCUCUGCUUAUGAUGUCUGUCUCAAGUUGAAAGAUAGAGGAAUUCUUGCUAAACCCACACAUGACACAAUAAUUCGUCUAACCCCUCCGCUCUCCAUGAGUUCUGAAGAUCUCCAAGAAGCUCCAAAAGCACUGCACGCUCUUCUGGAGCAUGAUCUGCCAGAGAUGAAGAAGCAGAAGCCAGAAACUGUCUCUGGAACAGUCCCUAAUGUAUGUGACCGCUGUGGAAGAAACUUAUAUGGCUAGCCAGAUAAGUAUUUGACGUAUAUAUAAAUACAAAUAUACGGGCCUACAAAGCUUUCUCGCUAUCUUCUCUGUUUCAUAGUAAAAUUAAGAGUGUAUUUGUUUAAUUGAAGUCGUAUGAAGUUUGCAUUGGGACUACAAUUUCUGUGAGAUUACUCAUCAAUCAGUGGUUCAAAAUGCAAAUUAUGCGGUGAAGCAAUAUUACAGUUUUCCUGAACAUGUAUAUUUGAUUUUAAUUUUAUUCAAGAUUACAGUUUAUCACAAGUUUCGAGCUAAUUGCCUGUUUCAGAUGUGGUCUUCUGAUUCUGAUUGUGAGUGAUAACCAGAUUGACAGAUAGAUGGGCCAAAUGUAUGGUAUGCUAGACGUCUCCAUCAAAGAUUAUAUUAACUGGGGCCAUCCUGUAUUCCCUCUAUGUAACAGAUUAAAGCAUCUUCUAAUCUAUUUUCAAUGAUUGAUACAGUGGUUUAUUUCGAGAAAAAAUGAUAAAAAGAAAUACAUAAAUUCUGUGUGCACGUGAGAGGAAAUGAGAUACCUUAGCAGUUUACACGGAUCUCCUCCUUAAUUGGUGAGAACACGUGCAACCAAUGUAUGGAUGAGAGAGAGAAAGAGAGAGGGCAUUUAAAGCCCCCUCUAUGGAACAAAUAAAAUAAGAUGCUUGUCUUGAAAAGACAACCCAUCCUAUACACAGAAAUAUAUAGUCUAUUUGAAUGGGUGAUGUAGUUCAUAUUAUUUACUUGUAUGGAUUUGAUUAUUUUAGAAACUUAUUGGAGCUCAAAGGAGACAUGAUUGAGACAAAAUAAUGCAGAGGUUUGGGUCUUAUAUGGUUAUAUUGUAAAGGACAGCUUCUUUUCAUUAUAUAAUACUGAGUUAUGUGGA